AUGCAUAUAACAGACAAGUCUGAUAACAUGUAUGAAUCGGAACACUAUAAUGUGUACUGCUGGCCGCGAGUGCUGCCGCGCGAGGAGGCGACCUCGGCGCCCGCGCUGAAGCGGCUGCUGGAGGAGAGCCGGGCUGGCUGCUGGCCGCGCUCGGAGGGGGCCGCGCUGGCGACCUCCCAGAGGGUCGAGAAGCAGAAGCCGGCGCGCCGUUCGGCCAAGGUGCUGGAGGCUGGCUCCCUGGACGCGCUCCGCCCAAGGACGGUGCGGGCGCCGGCCGUGCGGGGCCGGCACCAGCAGCUGACCGACGAGUUCGACGAGUUGCUAGCCGAGCAGGGCCUCCAGCUGCGACCGAGGUUCUCGGCCCGCGGUAGUGCCGCGCUGCCCUUGACCGAGUGCGACGCGGCCGCCCUGGACCUCAGCCUGGCCGAGUGGAUGCUGGGGCAGUGCCUGGAGGGUGUCGACCACUGGCGUGGGGUGCAGAUGCUGGCAGCGCUGCGGUGGGGCGACCCGCGGCUCGCACGCGACGGCUCCGCGCGGCUGCCUGCGGCUCGGCAGUCCCUCCGCGGCUGGAAGGUGCUGGCGCCGCCGCAGACCCGCUCGCCGCUGCCGGAGGAGCUCGCGGGCUCGUCGGCCAGGGGCGCUGGGAGGCUGGGGAAGGCCCGCAAGGCGAGCCUCUUCACGCUGACGGCGGACGACGUUGCCCUGCUGUUCCGGGGCGCCGCGCGGCGCCUGGGGCUUCCAGGAGUGAUGCCCCACCUGCCUUGCCACUCCGGGGCCAGCGGGGACUUCGCGAACCAGCUGCGGCCGCUGUCGGAGGUCAUGCGCAGAGGCAGGUGGAAGACCGAUGCGUCGGUCCGACACUGCGAAAAGGGCGGAAGGCUUGCGGAGCAGUUCAGCAAGUUGCCGCCCGAUCUGCAGGGGCACGCCCUCAGGCCCAGAGGGCAGGCCAGCGCCUCCCGGGCAGGCAGGGUUUCGGGCCGGGUCGUGCUGGCCUGCAUCCGGUCGGCAGCGAGGGUGCGAGCGGGAGGUGGCUCGCAGUACGGGCUCGGGCUGGGGUUCCGUUGUCUUUCUGUGGAGUACCUUGCGCUGCCUGCAACGCCGCAAGCCGCCGCCAUUGCGUUCGGCCGGGCCGUCUGGUUCGAAGACCUCGCGGCCGGUGAACGUGCCGGCAAAACCAUCAAGAACCUCGGAGGCGUAUUGGGCGAGUGGCCGGUCUCGAGCUUCUCCCGCGUGGGCUGGCACGAGCACCGGCGUGAGCACGCACCCGCGCCCGGGGGGGCCGCGGCGCCGGAGAAGGCGACGGUGGUGGAGGUGGUCGAGGGAGACGAGGGCCCUGCGGUGAAGGUCCCGAGCAAGAAGGAUGUUGUCAUCGAGGGGACCGACGAGGACGACGAGGACGACGACGAGGACAGCGGCGACGAGAAGGGGGAGGACGGCGAGGCGCAGCACGACAAGACGAUUAUUGUGGAGCACCAGGCGGCGCCCCCGGAGGGCGGCGGCGGCGACGCGGCGCUGAGGCGCAUGGAGGAGCGCAUGCGCGCGGCGCUGCAGGCGCUGCGGGAGCGGCGGGCCGACCUGGAGGCCGUGAAUGCAGAGCUCGCCGCGGAACGUGAGAAGAACGAGGCGCUCGCGGAGCAACUGCAGGCCGAGAGGGACACCAACGCGCUCCUGGACGUCCGCUCCGCGGCGCUGCAGGCGCAGCUGAACGAGGCCCAGGCGGAGCUCGAGAGGGCGCAGGGCAACGGCUCCGGCGCGGGCGCGGAGCAGGAGCUGGCGCUGGCGCGGCAGAAGAACGUGGAGCUCCGGAUGCAGAUCAGCGAGGAGGUGGGCGUGGCGCGCGGGGAGCGCGACAAGGCCCGCAAGGAGCUCGCGGAGCUCAAGAGGCUCGUGUUGACCGACGCCCGCGACAGACAGCAGGCAAGUUUCCGUGGUACCGGAGUAUCCACGAUUUGA